CCGACUACUACGUCGCCGUCACGGCCGACGGCUCCCUCGCCGCCUCGUCGUCCUCAUCGCCCUCCGCCGCCUCGUCCUCGAUCCCGCAGCUGUGGAAGGCCUCGCGCGCCCAGGACAAGGCCGGCGAGACUCGCACCUUCUACGCCGUCGACGGCGACAGGACCGUCGUCGCAGUCGGCGUCGGCAAGCCCAAGGACCGCAAGGGCGGCGAGGGCGAGGAGAACGCUCUCAAGGAGCAGACCCGGCGCACCGCCGCCGUCGCGACUCACGCCCUCAAGGCGUCCGGCAGCAAGCGCUUCCAGGUCGACCCGCUCCACUCGGCCCACUCGGCCGCCGUCGGCGCGACGCUCGCCAGCCACGUGUGGAACCUCAAGACGACGUCGGACGCCAAGGCCAAACUCGAGCCCGUCGAGAUCGGCCUCCUCGGCGACGCCGUCAAGCCGACGCUCGACAGCGAGCAGGCCAAGGACGGCCGCAUCCAGCUCGACUUUGAGACGGGCAAGGUGUACGGCGAGGCGCAGAACUUUGCGCGCGUCCUCAUGGAGCUCCCGGCCAACCGCAUGACGCCCACCAUCUUCUGCGAGACGGCCGAGGCCAAGUUCAAGGGCCUCGCCAACGUCACCAUCAAGGCGCACGACCUCGCCUGGGCCGAGGACAAGAAGAUGGGCUCGUUCAUCUCGGUCUCGCGCGGCUCGGACGAGCCCCUGCGCUUCCUCGAGCUGCACUACCACGGCGCCGCCAACAAGGACGAGCAGCCGUUGGCGUUUGUCGGCAAGGGUAUCACGUUCGACUCGGGCGGGAUCUCGCUCAAGCCCGGCGCGGCCAUGAAGGAGAUGCGCGCCGACAUGGGCGGCGCCGCGACGACGCUCGCCUCGGCGUGGGCCAUCGCCAAGCUCCACAUCCCGGUCAACCUCGUCCUCUGCAUCCCGCUCACCGAGAACAUGCCCUCGGGCAAGGCGACCAAGCCGGGCGACAUCGUCGUCGCCUCGAACGGCGUCACGAUCGAGGUCGACAACACGGACGCCGAGGGCCGCCUCGCGCUCGCCGACGCCCUGUACUACGCCACGUCGCAGUUCAAGCCGCACACGGUCGUCGACGUCGCGACCCUGACGGGCGCCAUGAUGAUCGCGCUCGGCAACCAGUUCACGGGCGUCUUUACCAACAGCGACUCGCUCUGGGCCGAGCUCGACGCCGCCGGCGCCGCCGAGCGCGACCGCGUGUGGCGCAUGCCGCUCGACGAGGGCUACAUGAAGCAGAUCUCGGGCACGGGCAUGGACCUGUGCAACACGGGCGGGCGCCUCGGCGGCGCGUGCACGGCCGCCAUCUUCCUCAAGCGCUUCGUCGACGGCCUCAUCGUCGACGGCUCGGACAACGAGAACCAGGACGGCCUCAUCCGGUGGGCCCACCUCGACAUUGCCGGCACGAUGGACCUCGCGUCGGGCGACGGCGGGUACAACCUCGCCGGCAUGACUGGGCGGCCCGUCCGUACCCUCGUCGAGUUUGCUCGCCGCUCGGUCAAGGCCUGAGCGUCAUCGAGCGUCGACGAGCCUCUGCAACGAGAAGAAUCAAGCAGUCGCGGUG